GCGCGCUCUGGCCGUAGACGCCGGCCACGAUGGUGCCCUGGGUGCGGGCGACGGCGGGGAAGCUGAAGCAGCGGCUCCGGCUGGACGCGGGACGCGAGCUCUGCCGCCAGUACCCGCUCUUCUGCUGCCUCUGCUGCCUGCUGCUGUUCCUCAGCGCCGCCUCGCUGCUCCUCAACAGGUAUCUUCACGUUUUAAUGAUCUUCUGGUCAUUUGUUGCUGGAGUUGUCACAUUCUACUGCUCAUUAGGACCUGAUUCUCUUUUACCAAACAUAUUCUUCACAAUAAAACACAAACCCAAGCAAUUAGGAGUUCAAGAAUUAUUUCCUCAAGGUCGUAGCUGUGCUGUUUGUGGUAAAGUGAAAUGUAAACGACACAGGCCUGCCUUGUUACUUGAAAACUACCAGCCAUGGCUAGACUUGAAAAUUUCAUCUAAGGUGGAUGCAUCCCUUUCAGAGGUUCUUGAAUUAGUGUUGGAAAACUUUGUCUAUCCAUGGUACAGGGAUGUAACAGAUGAUGAGUCCUUUGUUGAUGAACUGAGAAUCACAUUAAGGUUUUUUGCAUCUGUCUUAAUACGAAGGAUCCAUAAGGUGGAUAUUCCAUCUAUUAUAACCAAGAAACUGUUGAAAGCAGCAAUGAAGCAUAUAGAAGUGAUAGUUAAAGCCACUCAGAAAGUAGAAAAUACAGCAUUUUUACAGCAAGCAGCUUUGGAAGAAUAUGGUCCAGAUCUUCAUGUGGCUUUGAGGAGUCGAAGAGAUGAAUUACACUAUUUAAGAAAACUUACUGAACUACUUUUUCCUUAUAUCUUGCCUCCUAAAGCAACAGACUGCAGAUCUCUGACUUUGCUCUUAAGAGAGAUACUCUCUGGUUCAUUAUUUCUUCCGUCUUUGGAUUUCCUAGCUGAUCCAGAUACUGUGAAUCAUUUGCUAAUCAUCUUUAUAGAUGACAGUCCACUUGAAAAAGCAACUGAACCACCUUCAUCAUUGAUUCCAUUUUUGCAAAAAUUUGCAGAACCAAGAAAUAAAAAGCCAUCUGUGCUGAAAUUAGAAUUGAAGCAAAUCCGAGAGCAACAAGAUCUCUUAUUUCGUUUUAUGAACUUUUUGAAACAAGAAGGAGCAGUGCACGUGUUGCAGAUAUGUCUGACUGUGGAGGAAUUCAAUGAUAGAAUUUUGCGACCGGAGUUAUCAGUUGAAGAAAUGGUGUCUCUUCAUGAGGAAUUGCAGAAGAUUUAUAAAACAUAUUGCUUAGAUGAAAGUAUUGAUAAAAUUCGAUUUGAUUCCUUCAUUGUAGAAGAGAUUAAAAAAAUUGCAGAAGGCCCUUACAUAGAUGUUGUGAAACUUCAGACUAUGAGAUGUCUUUUUGAAGCAUAUGAACAUGUUCUUUCGCUGUUGGAGAAUGUGUUUACCCCUAUGUUCUGCCACAGUGAUGAGUAUUUUCGACAGCUUCUAAGAGGUGCAGAAUCACCAACACGCAAUUCAAAAUUUAACAGAGGUAGCCUAAGUUUGGAUGAUUUCCGGAGCACGACUAAAAGAGGAGAAUCAUUUGGAAUCAGCAGAAUAGGUAGCAAAAUAAAAGGAGUAUUCAAGAGCACUACAAUGGAGGGAGCUAUGUUGCCCAAUUAUGGUUUAGCUGAAGGUGAAGAUGACUUUAUUGAAGAAGGUAUUGUUGUAAUGGAAGAUGAUUCACCAGUUGAAGCUGUGAGCACACCUUCUACUCCCCGAAACCUUGCUGCCUGGAAAAUUAGUAUUCCAUAUGUAGACUUUUUUGAAGAUCCCUCUUCUGAAAGGAAGGAGAAAAAGGAGAGAAUCCCUGUGUUUUGUAUUGAUGUUGAAAGAAAUGAUCGAAGAGCAGUUGGACAUGAGCCUGAACAUUGGUCUGUCUAUAGAAGAUACCUUGAAUUCUAUGUACUUGAAUCAAAACUAACAGAAUUUCAUGGCACAUUUCCUGAUGCUCAGCUUCCCUCCAAGAGAAUCAUUGGCCCCAAAAAUUAUGAAUUCUUGAAGUCAAAGAGAGAAGAAUUUCAGGAAUAUUUGCAGAAACUUUCGCAGCAUCCAGAACUGAGUAAUAGUCAACUUCUGGCAGAUUUUCUCUCUCCCAAUGGGGGGGAAACACAAUUUCUUGAUAAGAUACUUCCAGAUGUAAAUCUUGGAAAAAUUAUAAAGUCUGUUCCUGGAAAACUAAUUAAAGAGAAAGGUCAGCAUUUGGAACCUUUCAUCAUGAAUUUCAUUAAUUCUUGUGAAUCUCCAAAGCCUAAACCAAGUAAACCAGAACUGACCAUUCUCAGCCCUACUUCAGAAAAUAAUAAGAAGCUUUUCAAUGAUCUGUUUAAGAAUAAUGCAAAUCGUGCUGAGAAUACAGAGAGAAAGCAAAAUCAGAAUUAUUUUAUGAAGGAAAUGACUGUAGAAGGAGUCUAUGAUUACCUGAUGUACCUCGGUCGAGUGGUUUUUCAAGUUCCUGACUGGCUUCAUCAUCUCUUAAUGGGAACUCGAAUCCUCUUUAAAAAUACUCUGGAAAUGUAUACUGAUUACCUCCUUCAGCAUAAGCUAGAACAGCUAUUUCAGGAGAACCGUUUGGUUUCACUCAUAACAAUUCUCAGAGAUGCUAUAUUCUGUGAGAACACUGAACCUCGUACUCUUCAAGAUAAGCAAAAACGAGCAAAACAGACUUUUGAAAAAAUGAUGAAUUAUAUGCCAGAUUUGAUUGUCAAGUGUAUUGGUGAAGAAGCUAAGUAUAAAGGCAUCAGAAUUCUUUUCGAUGGCUUACAGCAGCCAGUUCUCAAUAAGCAGCUAACUUAUGUUUUAUUGGACAUUGUGAUACAAGAACUGUUUCCAGAGCUCAAUAAGAUACAAAAAGACGUGACCUCUGUGACAUCCUGGAUGUAAGAGUUUGGAUUUGGAAUAGAAUAACCGGUUGAAAUUUCUGCUUUCCUAGUGUGGUGGAUAUGUACUUUUUUCUUUUACUUUUGUAUAUUCUUGUAUAUAUCAUGAAAUUUGGUGUCUGAAAUUUUGAUUUUGUUUUAAUAAAGACUAACAAAAAUAAUGAUUAAGAGUA